AGAGAACCCGGUCCCAAGGGUUGGGCUCACCCUGGCCAUUCCCCAUACGGCGGCCAGCAUCCCCUCCCUUGUGUGAUGCCCCCUUUGCCCUCUGCCCCACAGCCGUCGCUCGUCCAGAGCCAGCAAGAUGGGAGAGCUGGAGAAGCCGGGCCGGGCCCAGCAGGAGGAGGAGGAGGAGGCCCCCUCCUUCCUGAAGGAGAUCCUGGCCGUGCAGCGCCAGCUGAGCGCCCACCGGGAGAGGCCUGGGCUCAGCCCUGCCUGCCCCGGGCUGCCCUGGGAAGCCCCGUGGGGGACACGGAGCAGGGAGCCCCGCAGCCACAGGAAGGGCCCCCCCGGGCUGCUUUGGGGGCCCCGGCAGACCCCGAGCUCCGGCAGCUCCGCCAAGAAGCAGCUGGAGCGGCUGGAGCAGGAGAGGAGCCUGGAGCUCCGGCUGCAGAACCUGCAGCUGCAGCAGGAGAACCUCCAGAUGCAGGCCGAGCUGAGGCAGGCGCAGGCGAAGGUGCUGGAGGCCUCCAGGGCCUGUGGGGCGCUGGCCUCGCAGGGGGAGCUCAGCCGGCAGCAGGUGAAGGAGCUGGAGCUGCAGCUGCUCCAGAACUCCCAGGACGCCCAGCAGCAGAGCCGCCUGCGGGAGGAGCAGCUGGCCCAGGAGAGCCACAGGGCCGCCCAGGCCGAGGAGAGGGUGCAGGAACUGGAGCAGGGCCUGCAGGAGAGCCGGCAGCUGUGGGAGAGCCAGGCCGCCCUGGGCAGGAGGCAGCUGGAGGAGGAGGCCCGGGAGGCCAGGGCCAAGGAGGCCGAAGCCCGGCGGUCUCUGCAGGAGGAACAGAAGAGGCGGAAGCUCCUGGAGCAGGAGAGGGGAGAGCAGCAGCAGCAGCAGCGGAGAGUCUGGCGGGAGAAGGAGGCCCAGCUGCUCCAGGCCUUGGCCGACCGGCAGGCCCAGCAGCAGGAGGGGCAGCUGCGGGCCCUGGAGGAGGAGAGGAGGGCCCUCGCCCAGGAGCAGCUGCACUGCGGGAGCCGCAGCCAGAGGCUCUCGGAGGAGCUCUGCGCCCUGCAGCGGGAGAAGGAGGCUCUCUGUGAGGAGCAGAGGCAGAUGCUGAAGCAGCUGGACCUCGCCCUCAGGAAACAGAGCGAGCAGCGCCUGCGGCACAGGGCCCGGCUUGCGGCAGGCCAAGGAGACGCUGCAGGGGGAGGUGAAGCUGCGCGAGGAUCGCAUCCGGGACCUGGAGGACGAGGUGCGGCUCUCCAAGAGCCGGCCGAAAAGGACCAGCUGCUGAUCCGGCAGGUGACCGGCGAGAACGAGAGGCUGUUCCGGGAGCAGCGGAAGAGCCAGGAGCAGCUGCACAGCCUGGAGGAGGCCAAGCAGAGCAACGGCCAGGCCCUCCGCACCCUCCAGAGCAGAGUCCAGCUCUUGGAGAGGGAGAACCGGCAGCUGCAGGAGCGGGCCCUCCAGCUGAGCCUGCAGGUGGGCAUCCUGGAACGGGCCCUGCGCACCAUCCACGUCCACAGCCUGGAGGAGCUGAAGACCCUGGGCUUCCCCAAAUGCCCCCUGCAGAGGAAGCUCCUGCCCUUCCCCCAAGGCUUCAGCUGCUUGGUCACCAGCGGCCUCCGCCAAGCCCUGAGGGAGGGUCCGCCGGUGGAGGCCGGCCCAAAGGCCCUGCUCUCCCCUCUGGCCUUCCAAGUCUCCCGCAUCGGCUGCCUCAACCUCGCCAUCCCUGGAAAGCCCCCGGGAGACUUCUGCCAGGACCAGCCCAGCCACCCCGUCGCUGAAGGGAAGCCCAGCGGAGAGCAAGCGGCGUCCGUCCGCGGCUGGGGCUUCUCCCCCACCCUACACCAGGCGGAGCGGGGGGGGGCCUUCUGA